GCGCGGCGCUCGGCGGGCGGCGCCGGGGCUGAGGGGGCACGCGGCGCGCCGCCCGCGCCAUGUCGUUCCGCCGCGCCUUGGCGCUGGCCGCUUGCGGGCUGGCCGGCGGCUCCGUCCUCUUCUCCGCAGUUGCCGUGGGCAAGCAGCCGGGCCGCGGCGGGGACGCCGAGCCGCGGCCAGGGAGCGCCGCCGCCGCCACCGCCGUUACACCCGCCUCCGCGGCGCCGCCGGGUUUGCUGCUGCUGCCGCCCGCCGCCGCCUCCUGCCCGCCGGCCCCUGGCUGGAUCGAGAGACCCGCCGGUACCGGCAGCUACUGGGACAGCAACUGGGACAGACGUGAACCACUGGCUCUUAUCAAUCUCAAAAAGAAAAAUGAGGAAACUGGGGAAGAAGAACUUGCCUCGCGCUUAGAUCACUGCAAGGCAAAAGCCACCAGGCACAUAUUCCUUAUCCGUCAUUCUCAGUAUAAUCUGGAUGGCCGGGCUGAUAAAGACAGAACUCUGACCCCACUUGGUCGAGAGCAGGCUGAACUGACUGGACGCAGACUGGCAAGCUUAGGAUUAAAAUUUGAUCAGAUUAUCCACUCCUCCAUGACUAGAGCAACUGAAACAACUGAAAUUAUAAGCAAACAUCUCCCAGGAGUCAAAAAAAUUAGUACUGAUCUGCUGAGAGAGGGAGCACCCAUAGAACCAGACCCUCCGGUCUCUCACUGGAAACCAGAAGCUGUGCAGUACUACGAAGAUGGAGCUCGAAUUGAGGCUGCUUUUCGAAACUUCAUUCAUAGAGCUGACGCAAAGCAGGAAGAAGACAGCUAUGAGAUCUUUGUCUGCCAUGCCAACGUGAUCCGCUAUAUUGUGUGCAGAGCAUUGCAGUUCCCCCCGGAAGGCUGGCUGCGAAUGUCCCUUAACAAUGGCAGUAUAACUCACUUGGUGAUACGUCCGAAUGGAAGAGUGGCACUUCGAACACUGGGUGACACAGGUUUCAUGCCUCCAGAUAAAAUCACACGCACCUGAAUGAGCAAAACUGACGGCUGUCCAGGAGCUGCCUCUAGUCUCUUUGCACUAGUACAUUCAGCUAUGGUACCACUAGAUUUUUAUCUGUUAUGUUGGGGUGUGAUCCUGUCUUAAAAUGUCCUUUAGCCCCUUGCCUCCUUCAUACGUAUUCAUAUCUGCCUCUCAGUCCAGAAAAGAAGAAAUCUUUGUAAGCGUGAAGCUGUCCGGUCCUCAAGUAUUCCCCAAAACUCAAAGCUGAGCUGUGGAAUACAAAGAGAUUGAAUGUUUGCUCAGCUGUUGCAAGAGCACUGACUGUCCCCCCACCCCACCAUGAAUUUCUGUAACCAAAGCUUGCGCCUGUGGAUGUUUUUCUUGUGCAGGAAAGCAAUUGGUGUGGGAACUGGACGGAACAGCCUCGUGUCACACUGCGGCUAAAACUGAAGGCGAGACAGCUUGUUUCAGCUCCUGCAGAAGGAGUGACGAACAGGGCGUUCUGCUGUUCAAAGGACAAAGGGAUAAGGCUUCAGUUUUUGUCAGCUGUUGAGGGUGUGUUUAUGUUGUGUUGUUGUUCCCCUCUGCCCCCAAAAGCACAUGUAAACUCUUGACAGGAGGUUGCCAGCAUAAAGCAAAGAGGGUCAAAACCCAUUUGCCUCAGAGCUGUGGUGCUAGAAUUAACUGCUGCUUCUAUUAAGUGUUCCUCCAUCCUCAGGAAGUACUUUUAAGCUGUUCUGAACAAUGUUAUUCGGUCUCAUAAAGCCUUUAACUAAAAUGUGGUCUGUACCAGGAUGUAGGGAGGUGUUUGUAGCAUUAAGACAGAAGGAAAGGAAAGCAGCGAUCUUCUGAAAGUGCUGCCAGUCCCUGACUGGCUGACAGUUUUGGAGUGCUUUCUCCCAGUGAUCUGUACUUGCUGAUACCUUGCUUUUAGCCACUGAAUUCAAUGUAGUGGUACUUUGUGUCAGAGCUUCUGCGGUGUUGGGGCAAACUGCUGCUUAAACCUACUGGUGCCUGAAUGGUGAAAAAAAUACUGGUGGGGUGGCUUGUCCAGGCCAGGUGCAUAGUGCAGGUGCUGGGCAGGACACCUCAGGUGGCUCCUUUGCACAGCUCUGACACUGCUGGACUGGUGCUAGGGAAAAAGCGGGUGGCCAGGAACCAGGGAGGGCCUGCGUGCAUUUCACCUUAGGGUGCCUGCUGGGCCCCUGAACUGGCGGCGUAACCUAGCUGCCUCACAUCAUACCUGGAACGCUGAAAAAUGUCACCCUGUAUGCAUAGUGUGCCUUGGUGAUAGAGCACAUACUGUGUAGGAUAGCAAGUGUAACUUGUUAGGUUCUCUCACCACCAAGAAUGCUGAUGAGACCCUAAACUUGCUCCUGUCAGAGCUGGAUGAAGCACAACUGUGGCACACAACCUGGUGACACAGUUGAAUACCGGACUGCUACAUCAGGAUGAUUUCAAGGGAACUGGGGUGAGUAGGGGAACAAAACAUGAUCCUUGUCUAGUGCAAGUUGGGGGGGCAAGAGGAAACCAUUGUGAUGUCUCUCUCAUUGACACAAUGAGAGUAAUUUACCAGUUUUUGUCUAUUAACUUUUUAAAAGUUUUGAAUAAAAUAACUGGUUGCUC